GUGCGCGCGGGGCCGGCGCCAGCACCCCGCCGCCCGCUGCACUGCAGCCCCCGCGCCCGUCGCCCCCGUCGCCUCUGUCGCCGCCGCAGGAAGGAGCCGCCCGCGCCAGCCGCGCCGGGCCGGAGGGCGCCGCCUUGCACCAUGCCCCACAUAGACGCGGACCUCAAGCUCGACUUCAAGGAUGUCCUGCUCAGACCUAAGCGGAGCAGCCUCAAGAGCCGGGCCGAGGUGGAUCUUGAGCGUACCUUCACGUUUCGAAACUCGAAGCAGACCUACUCAGGGAUUCCCAUCAUUGUGGCCAACAUGGACACCGUGGGCACGUUUGAGAUGGCAGCCGUGAUGUCACAGUACUCCAUGUUUACAGCAAUUCAUAAGCAUUACGCCCUGGAUGACUGGAAGCUGUUUGCCAAAAAUCACCCAGAAUGCCUGCAGCAUAUAGCCGUGAGCUCAGGCAGUGGGCAGAACGAUCUGGAAAGGAUGGGCAGCAUCCUGGAAGCUGUGCCGCAGGUUAAGUUUAUUUGCCUGGAUGUGGCCAAUGGGUAUUCGGAACAUUUUGUGGAAUUCGUGAAACUCGUCCGUGCCAGAUUUCCAGAACACACCAUUAUGGCAGGGAACGUGGUGACGGGAGAGAUGGUAGAAGAGCUUAUUCUUUCUGGAGCAGACAUCAUCAAAGUGGGAGUUGGACCAGGUUCCGUGUGCACCACCCGCACCAAGACAGGGGUGGGCUACCCCCAGCUGAGUGCCGUGAUCGAGUGCGCCGACUCUGCCCACGGCCUGAAGGGACACAUCAUCUCUGACGGAGGCUGCACAUGUCCAGGAGAUGUCGCCAAAGCCUUUGGAGCUGGAGCAGAUUUUGUCAUGCUGGGAGGGAUGUUUUCGGGCCAUACUGAAUGUGCUGGAGAAGUGAUCGAGAGGAACGGACAGAAGCUCAAGCUCUUCUACGGGAUGAGCUCUGACACGGCCAUGAAGAAACACGCAGGGGGCGUCGCCGAGUACAGGGCCUCAGAGGGCAAGACCGUGGAAGUGCCUUACAAAGGGAACGUAGAGAACACUAUUCUGGAUAUUCUUGGGGGACUGAGGUCUACCUGCACCUAUGUGGGGGCCGCCAAACUCAAAGAGCUCAGCAGGAGGGCAACGUUCAUCCGGGUGACCCAGCAGCACAACACCAUGUUCAGCUAACCCGGAGGAUGAGGGGACGUCUGGCUCCGGUGGAAGCUUUCACACACACCUGCUUUUCCCAUCUUCCUCCUUGUCUGUCACGUCAGAGCUUCUGGCUACUCCUGAGUGGAGGGACACUGCAUCCUGCUCCUGCCUCCUGCCUCCUGGAGGCUUUGGGGCUCUCCCUAGUGCCUUCUCGGGGCCCAGAACAAAGGCAUUAUUGAUUGGGCCAACUGUCAGAGCCCAGCUGCCCACAACUCAUCACCUCAUUGUUAAAACCAACAUUUGCACCUCCUUUCUUUUUAAAGAAAAUGGUUUUACUUUAAUAUAAUGCUGUUAUCUUAA